ACAGUGCUGGCUAGAGGAGAACCACGGGAUUUCCUGUGCUGCUGCUGAACUGCAGAUUUUCCGUGCAGGCUUGCAGAGUGUCUCCUCUGUUACAUUUUUCUUAUUUAAUGUCGUAGUCAGGUCAUCUGCACAGUGCGAGUGUUAGACUACAUCUUUUACAAUCUGCCUAGUCAGAAUUAAAGAUGUCUGAAGCCACAGUGGCCGAUACUCGCCGAUUAAACUCGAAGCCCCAGGAUCUGACGGACGCUUACGGACCUCCCAGUAAUUUUCUCGAAAUCGACGUUUAUGAUCCUCAAACUAUCGGAGUCGGUCGGAAUCGGUUCACUACUUAUGAAGUCCGAAUGCGGACCAACCUCCCUAUUUUCAAGUUAAAAGAAUCUUGUGUACGAAGACGGUACAGCGACUUUGAGUGGUUGAAAAAUGAGCUGGAGAGAGACAGUAAGAUUGUUGUACCUCCACUACCUGGAAAGGCACUAAAGCGACAGCUCCCCUUCCGUGGAGAUGAGGGAAUAUUCGAAGAGUCCUUCAUUGAGGAGAGAAGAGUUGGACUUGAACAGUUUAUCAACAGAAUUGCUGGUCACCCAUUGGCUCAGAAUGAGCGUUGUCUUCACAUGUUCCUGCAGGAGGAGAGCAUCGAUCGCAACUACAUCCCUGGAAAAAUACCACUGUGACACUAAGGUGCGUAUUCUGCUCAGAGGACUGCCUCAUCUCUGUGCUGUUUGUAUUUUUAUCAAGCACGUUCACUCAGGUGCUCUUGAAGAAACCCAUGAACCCUGAAAAAAAGUAAUUUUUGCUUUUAGCCCUUUAUCUUCUACGCCCAUCCUGUUUUUCUUUUUUAUUUAGAGGCCAAAUAACAGCUUGAUUAUACAGCAUGAGUAUCGUGCAUUAAAUGAUUUGUUGCUUAAAGAAACAAGUCAGGCGUCUCAGAAAUCAUUGGAACUCAUCACAAGCAACAAUGGUCUGUAGUGAGUAGCCUGUUUUUUUUACUGUGUUGCUUCAGUUUGUCCAGUCAGAUUUAUGUCUGAAAUGUCAUUAUUCACUUAAUAUCCAUGUCAAAUGCCCAAUUUGGUUUAAUUUUUAAGAUAAAUGUAUGUAGCAUGGCAGUCAUGAAGAGAAAUUGGGACCAUAGCUUUUGGUCUUCCUGUUCUACAUUCCAUAUUGUAUGUAUGUAUCUAAAAAUGCAUAUUUUGGAUCAAGGCACUAGGCACACAAAAUUAAUUACUGUGAUGCUUUAAAAAUUGCUGGUUCAAAGCUCUACAAUUACCCUGUGCAAUUUUUAUUUACUGUUAUGUCAUUUCUACCCAUGAAUAAAACUGCCUGCUUUCCUCC